CUGUGGGCGUGGCCCUCGGGCGGGCGGGGCCGUCCUAGCUGCGGAGCCUUGGGGCGCCGGACGCUCGGGGCCGCUGACCCGCUCCCGGAGCUGGUCCACGUUGGUCCGGGUCUUUGUUCUGGGUCGGCGCGGGGACAUGCGCCGCUGAGGAUGGAGGUGGAGGACUCGGGCGGCGUGGUGCUGACCGCCUACCACUCACACGCGCGCUCGCAACCGCAGGGCGCGGAGCCACGCUGCGCGUCCCGGGCCAGCCAUCCGCUCAGCAGAAAAUCCAUUCCUCGCUGCAGAAGAAUCAACAGGAUGCUCUCCAAUGAAUCCCUGCACCCUCCCACCUUUAGUCGCUCCAACUCUCAAGCCUCCGUAGACAGCAGCACAUCUGUGGAGGAGUUCUGGCGGGAAAUAGAGAGUAUUAAAGAGAGCAGCAGCGUGGGAGUGCCGGAGGAGCAGCCGCCCACAGCUGCUGCUGAGGUCAAACCUGUGGAUGAAGGAGAACUUGAAGCAGAAUGGUUACAAGAUGUGGGAUUGUCAACUCUGAUCUCUGGCAAUGAAGAGGAAGACGGUAAAGCACUCCUGUCUACGUUGACUCGGACCCAAGCAGCUGCAGUGAAAAAGAGAUACAACACAUAUACUCAGACUCUGAGGAAAAAGAAUAAACAACCCAUCAGGGAUGUCAGAGACGUCUUUGGAGUCAGCGAAUCUCCUCCUAGUGAUUCUUGUAAGCAUGUGGCUCAGUUGGACGGUACCAAGGAAGAGAAAGAUCUGCCAGGAGUUUCCAAGACAAGCAGACCUCUGCCAGACGAUGCUUCUCUCAACAGUACCACCCUAGCCAAUGGUGCUCAGGAUGAAGAAGGUGAUUUUGUGGCCCUUCAGAGUGGUUCUGUGUCAAUACUUGAGGCUAUCCCGGAUAUUGCCGUUCACACCAAUGGAUCCUCAGAUGCUGAGCAGUCGGUUCAGAGCUCCUUGACUGAUGAUGAUUAUCUAGAGAAGAACAUCCCACCAGAGGCUGAAGAGCUCUCCUUUGAGGUGUCUUACUCAGAAAUGGUGACAGAGACCUCACACAGAAGUAAAUGGAAGAAGUCGGACAUUAAGAAAGACGACUGUGUCUUACCUAAAUUUAUUGUUCAGAAGACAAGAUUUGGGUUGACCGAGACGGGGGACCUGUCUGCCGAAGAUGUGAAGAAAAUUCGACAUCUCUCUCUGAUUGAGCUGACGGCCUUCUUCGAUGCUUUUGGGAUACAACUGAAGAGAAACAAAACAGAGAAAGUGAGAGGCCGAGACAGCGGAAUUUUUGGAGUGCCACUUACAGUCCUCCUGGACAAUGACCGGAAGAAGGACCCUGCAGUGAAAGUUCCCCUGGUGUUACAAAAAUUUUUUCAGAAAGUCGAGGAGUCAGGUCUGGAAUCCGAAGGAAUUUUUCGACUCUCUGGAUGUACUGCCAAAGUCAAGCAAUACCGUGAAGAACUGGAUGCCAGGUUCAACGCUGACAAGUUCAAGUGGGACAAGAUGUGUCACAGAGAAGCCGCAGUCAUGUUGAAAGCGUUCUUCAGAGAACUGCCCACCUCCCUCUUCCCUGUUGAAUAUAUACCCGCCUUCAUCUCUCUGAUGGAAAGAGGGCCUGACAUCAAAGUGCAGUUUCAAGCCUUGCACCUCAUGGUCAUGGCCCUGCCUGACGCCAACAGAGACACAGCCCAGGCUCUGAUGACAUUCUUCAAUAAAGUGAUUGCCAACGAAUCUAAGAACCGCAUGAGCCUGUGGAACAUUUCCACAGUGAUGGCGCCCAACCUGUUCUUCAGCAGAAGCAAGCACUCUGACUAUGAGGAACUGCUGCUGGCCAACACUGCAGCCCACAUCAUCCGCCUGAUGCUGAAGUACCAGAAAAUCCUGUGGAAGGUUCCAUCUUUCUUGAUCACCCAAGUAAGAAGGAUGAAUGAAGCCACCCUGCUGUUGAAGAAGCAGCUCCCAAGUAUGAAGAAGCUGCUCAGGAGGAAGACCCUGGAGCGGGAGGUUUCAAGCCCCAAGACCUCAAAGGUACCACAGAAAUCACCCUCCUCAAGAAGAAUGUCUGAUGUGCCAGAAGGUGUCAUAAGGGUCCAUGCUCCGCUUCUUUCCAAAGUGUCCAUGGCCAUUCAGCUCAACAGUCAGACGAAAGCCAAAGAUAUCCUGGCGAAGUUUCAGUAUGAGAACAGUCACGGUUCAUCUGAACGUAUUAAGAUGCAAAACCAAAGGUUAUACGAAGUUGGAGGAAAUAUAGGACAACACUGUUUAGAUCCUGAUGCAUAUAUAUUGGAUGUGUAUCAUGUAAAUCCUUGUGCAGAAUGGGUCAUCAAGCCCUAGACAAGUCUUUAAAAUAUGCCCAGGACGGUUCCUGCCCUGUAUUAUAUGCCAAGAAGAUUCUGCAUUUGUGGGGAAAAAACACUGCCCUGAAGUAUUUGCUCCUGUAAUCCUGGUUCUCCUGGAGGGGUGGUGUGGCCAGCUCUGGCCAUAUGAACUACAGAGGAAGAGCUGGUUAACAUUGAGCUCAACUUUCUUAUCACAGUUCCCUGGUAAAAGGUGGGACCCAAAGGGAAGGCCAGCGUCACUCAUCCCGGAGCUCUAUAGCAGAAAUAGACUUGGCCCUGUGACCGGGAAGAGACUGAACUUCUGAUGGGAAACAUACAAUAUUUAUGCUCUGACUUGCUCCUGGAUUGGACUGGUGCUCAGCAGUCCUUCUGUGCAGCACACUCUGAGGACUUGGUCGCACCGUGGUGCAGAGGAGCUUUCCUCAAACCCUGAGUAUCCAGAUGCUACCUUAUGCCUCCAUGGUCCAGGGGCGCCGCUCCUCAUUGGCAAGCCCCGCUUGGCAAAGGGCAUGUUGUGCACAUCCAGAGCUUCCCUAUGGCCCAUAGCCUUGGCGUCUUCUCUUGUCUCACUUUUGGUGCUCAGUGAAUAAAUGCCUUUCUCUAGUCAGCAUGGAUUUCCUUUACAGAUCAAACACAUUUUUUUUUUAUCCUUUCACAAUAGUCACAUCUGCAGCUUCAAACCAAAAAAUACAGAAAUGCGUUCAUCCAUAA